UAUGCGGUGGAAAGGAAUGAUUUAAUUUCACUCAGAUUUGUUUCUAAUGCAUCUCUGUACCCUAAAGGUAUCUCAAGGGACAACUGGCACAAACGCCGCAAGACUGGUGGCAAACGCAAGCCCGUCCACAAGAAAAGGAAAUAUGAGCUCGGGCGUCCUCCUGCAAACACAAAGAUUGGACCUCGCCGCAUCCACACAGUAAGAGUCCGUGGUGGAAACAAGAAAUACCGUGCCUUGAGGCUCGAUGUGGGCAACUUCUCAUGGGGCUCAGAAUUCUGUACCCGCAAGACCAGGAUCAUUGAUGUUGUCUACAACGCCUCUAACAAUGAGCUGGUGAGAACCAAGACCCUGGUGAAG